AGGGGACCCCACACAAGAAAAAGCCUCCUGAGAACAAAGAAACUGGGGAGAGAAAGCAUAGAAAUAAUAACAAAAAAAAAGGGUAACAUAGCAGGCCAAGAUGACGAAUAUGAGACCGCCGAGUAAAAACAUACUGCUAAAAGUGGUCAUUCUAGGCGACGGCAAUGUCGGCAAAAGCUGUCUAAUGAAUCGUUUCGUCUCCAAUUACUUCGACGCCAACAGCUUUCAUACGAUCGGUGUGGAAUUUCUGAACAAAGAUAUACAGGUGGACCAGGAACGGUAUACGCUGCAGAUCUGGGACACAGCCGGCCAGGAACGGUUUCGUGCACUGCGGACACCGUUUUACCGUGGAACCGAUAUCUGCCUUCUAACGUACGCCAUCAACGAUCGGCUCAGCUUCCGCGCGUUAGCCAGCUGGCGGGAUGAGUUCCUACGAUACUACGACGUCAAUCCGGACCACUUUCCGUUUGUGGUCGUAGGUACGAAGAAUGAUUUACCACCGGCCCAACGGGAAGUUACGCCCGAAGAGGUAUCCCAAUGGUGUCAGGAACAUCACGUGACCGCCUACAUAGAAACGUCAGCCAAAUCGUCGGAAAACGUUGCGACCGCCUUUGCGCUGGCAGUACAGCAAUGGCGAAAGCUGGAACGAUCGACUGAACGUGAGCUGCGGGCCCAGGGCCACGAUACGAUCGAUCUAAUGAAGAGCGUUAAUUUGAACGCAAAUCGCAAUCGGUUCUGCUGUGCUGGAAUCGGUCGUCCAAACACGGCUACGAUGCAGGACGAUGAUGAUUACCCGAACUGA